CUCCUUGAAAAAAUUAUCUACAGGAAAAAUAAACAAAACCGCCCGCCAUUGUAGCCGCGUGGUGGGUCUAAGCUGCAUAUCCUCUCUCCUCUAAGGAGUGUUCCUUGAGGCCUAGCCCCGGCCCACUACAGGUAGUAAGCCGUUAAAAUAGGCUCAAAUAAGAUUGGAAAUAAAAUUCUACAAAUUACGUUUCAGGUGGCAUAAGUAUACAAGCGGUUAUGGACAAUAAACAUGAGGGUAUGAGCUUCUUUGAGUCCGUUCCAUUGAUUAUGAAUCUAAGUAGGAACACGAUAGCACACCCGAACGUGCAGAAGUUGAUAAAUGAUAAGAAUCAACAGUUUGAUGCUGUUAUCGCGGAAUGGAUGUUCAACGAGGUCUAUUCCGGAUUUUCAGGAAUAUUCAACUGUCCAUUAAUUUGGUUUUCAACAGUAGAACCGCACUGGAUGGUGUUGAGGCUGGUAGAUGAAGUUACCAAUCCGGCGUAUUCCGUAGAUGUAGCGUCAAAUAGUGUUCCUCCGUUGACAUUUGUACAAAGAGUCGAAGAACUAGGCACACAAAUAGUGGGAAGGCUUACCCAGGCUUUAUGGGUGAGUGGCAUUGAAAAUAAUUUAUACGAUGAGUAUUUUGUUCCGGUCAUUGAAAAAAGACACAGCACGGCGCCUUCGUUUGAAACUCUGAGGUUCAAUGCAUCGUUACUUUUGAGCAACUCCCAUGUAUCCAUGGGUGUACCAGCAGUAUUGCCAGCUAAUGUAAUUCCUAUAGGAGGAUACCAUAUUAAACCUAACGUGAAACAAUUACCUGAGGAUCUGCAAAAACUGAUGGACAACGCAAAGCACGGCGUAAUUUAUUUUAGCAUGGGCUCUAAUUUAAAGAGUAAACAGUUCCCCGAGGUAAUCAAACUUGACUUGUUGAAAAUGUUUGGUAAACUCAAGCAAACCGUCAUAUGGAAAUUCGAAGAGGAUUUACCUAACAGGCCCAGCAAUGUUCAUAUAGUACAGUGGGCUCCACAACAAAGCAUUUUAGCUCAUAAAAACUGUAUAUUGUUCAUCACACACGGAGGUCUUCUCUCAACCACUGAGACGAUGCAUUUCGGAGUGCCCAUUAUUGGAAUACCAGUGUUCGCUGAUCAAUUUGUGAACGUAGCGAGAGCUGUUAAAAAAGGCUACGCGCAAAAAGUUGAUCUAUCUUAUUCAAUGGCUGCAGACAUAGAAUUAGCUAUAAAUAAACUACUUGAUAAUCCAAGCUACAAAACGCGUGUAAAGGAAUUGUCACAAAUAUACCACGACAGGCCAGUCCCACCGGCCAGAGAACUAGUGCAUUGGGUGGAACACGUUGUAAAAACUAGAGGAGCGACUCAUUUACGCUCCCCGGCGUCUAUGGUAGCUUGGUACCAGAAGCUCUACUUAGAUCUAGUAUUAGUUUUGGUAGUUCUAGUUUUAGUUUUAAAACGUGUCUAUAUAUUCAUAAAAAGUAUUUUUAUAGCAAAACGGAAAGUAAAAACCAACUAAGUUUAAUUAGUGAUAAUAAAACUUAUUUAAAUAAUUAUG